CAGAAGAACCUGAAGCGACACCAGACCUUCCUCAAAUCCCGCAGCUGGAGAGAGUUCUCCCCGCGCGCAGUCCGGGGCUCUUCCGACACACCGACAACAACAUGGACAAAGUUUUCACGUGCGUGUUCACCGCGAUCGGUGUGCUGGUGUCGGCGCGUGCACAGGUGUAUAAAGGUGAUUGUGACUUUGAGAAACCCUUUUCAUCGUGCGGAUACGCUCAAGGGCGUGACGAUGACCUUGACUGGGAGCAGUUUGACACCAGUGAAAAGCCUUCAAUAGAUCCGUGGAUGCCUCCUGGUUCAGCGUUUAUGAUGGUGAAUUCAUCGGGUCGUUUUGCCGGUCAGAAGGCUUUACUCUUCACGCCGCAGCUCAAAGAAAAUGACACGCACUGCGUGAUAUUUCAGUAUUAUGUGGCGGGCAGAGAGGGCGGCACUCCAGGACAUCUGAACAUCUACAUCAAAGAGAACAACAGUCCCAUGGGUUUACCUGUGUGGAACACCUCCGGACCCAUCAGUCGAAACUGGAACCACGUCGAGCUCGCCAUCAGCACCUACUGGCCAAACUUCUACCAGAUCGUCUUUGAAGUGGUGACCUCAGGCCAGCGCGGCUUACUGGCCAUCAAGGGCGUCGUCCUCCAGGGCCACCAGUGCAUUGAUACGCCACACUUCCUCCAUAUUAAAGGCGUGGAGGUGAACGCCGGCCAGACGGCCACAUUUCACUGUACCGUUAAUGGAGAGUGGAGAGACAACUUUAAUCUCUGGCUGCAGGGAAUCAGUGGCCGUGAAGCCCCUAUGAAGGCGACUAAACCGUGGAAUAACCAGCGGUUCAUCGGCAUGUUUGAUGUGGUGAAUACGACCAAACAGGACUCUGGACGCUACAGGUGUAUCGUUCAUUCCAACUGGGGUGUGGGAGUGUCAAACUACGGAGAACUGACGAUUAAACAACCGCCCGUUCCGAUCGCUCCACCUCAGCUGAUGGCGGUGGGGGCCACGUAUCUUUGGAUCCAGCUGAAUGCAAACUCCAUCAACGGAGACGGGCCGAUCAUAAACCGCGAGGUGGAGUACCGUACGGUCUCCGGCACCAUGUACGACCUUCAGCCUGUCGAUAAAACCUCGCAUAAAAUCGGCCAUCUGGACCCGGACACAGAGUAUGAGAUCAGUGUGCUGUUGACCCGACCCCUGGAGGGGGGAACUGGGGCCCCGGGACCUCCCCUGAGGGCCCGAACCAAAUGUGCAGAGCCCAUGCACGGCCCGCGGCAGCUGAAAGUGGUGGACAUCAAAUCCCGUCAGGUUACAGUUCGCUGGGAGCCGUUUGGUUAUAACGUGACUCGUUGCCAUAACUUCAGUCUGACGGUGCAGUACCGCGCGAGAGGAGGCGGGAAAGAGGAGAGCAGGGAGGAGGUGUCCUACGACACCCAGAGCUCCGCCCCUCAAUACACCAUCCAUAACCUGAUGCCCUUCACCAACCUGAGUGUCAGACUGGUACUGCACAACCGCGAGGGCGUAAAAGAAAGUCCUGAGAUUCACAUUCAGACGGACGAAGACGUGCCGGGGGAAGUUCCUCUGGAUUCUAUCCAGGCGAGUGUGUACGAGGAGAAGAUCGUGCUGAAGUGGAGAGAACCGGCUCAGACGUUCGGCGUCAUCACUCAGUAUGAGAUCUCAUAUAAAGCCGUCAGCUCAUUCGAUCCGGUCCUGGAUCUCUCUAAUCAGAGUGGAAAAGUUGUUAAACUUGGGAAUGAAACCAGUCACGUGUUCCUUGGUCUUUAUCCCGGAUCCACGUACUCCUUCACCCUCAGAGCGAGCACGGCGAAGGGAUACGGGCCGCCCGCCAUCACCCAAGCGACCACUAAGAUCUCAGCUCCAUCAAUGCCAGCAUACGAUCAGGAGACUCCUCUGAACCAGACGGACAGCACCGUUACGGUUGUGUUGAAGCCGGCUCAGAGCAGAGGAGCACCUGUCAGUGUUUAUCAGGUGGUUGUGGAGGAGGAACGGCCGCGGCGAGCUCGUGGAGGGGAAGCGGAGAUCUUGCGCUGUUAUCCGCUGCCGGUUCACUAUCAGAACUCCAGCAGUCUGAACUCUCAGUACUAUUACACCGCUGAGUUCCCGUCCUCCGGCGUCCCCUCGCCGCAACCCUUUACCAUCGGAGACAACAAGACCUACAGCGGCUACUGGAACACACCGCUGCUGCCGCACAAGAGCUACAGCAUCUACUAUCAGGCCGUCAGCACAGCUAACGGGGAGACUAAAAUUGACUGUGUCCGUGUCGCAACCAAAGCUGCUAUCUUGGUGACUCAGCUCACCACUCCUUAUGUUCGCAUCGUUCCCGCCGCAGGAGACAACCAACUAAAAGGGGCGGCGACACACAAACCCAACGCCGUGGAGCCGGAGAAACAGACCGAUCACACGGUGAAGAUCGCAGGAGUCAUCGCUGGAAUACUGCUCUUCGUCAUCAUCUUGCUCGGUGUGGUGCUCCUCAUGAAGAAACGAAGAUCGUAUCAGUCCUACACUUACUACCUAAAACUGGCGAAGAAGCGCAAGGAAACGUUGAACAGCACGCGGCAGGAGAUGACGGUGAUGGUGAACUCGAUGGACAAGAGUUACACUGAACAGGGAACAAACUGCGAUGAAGCGCUGUCCUUCAUGGACACACACAAUCUCAACGGACGCUCCGGUUCCUCUCCGUGUUCUCUCACCAUGAAGACCAACACGAGCACCAGCAUCCCAAACACAUAUUACCCAGACCCGUUUGUGCCCACCGCCAUCUUAGACGAAACCCAAACAUUGACCAGCGACACCAGCAGCCUCGUUCAGUCGCACACACACACACACUCCUCGCACACACACUCGCUGCGCAAACGCGAGGCCGUCGAUGUACCCUAUCAGACGGGACAGCUGCAUCCCGCCAUCCGCGUGGCCGACCUCCUGCAACACAUCACGCAGAUGAAAUGCGCUGAGGGCUACGGCUUUAAAGAGGAGUACGAGAGUUUUUUUGAGGGUCAGUCUGCGCCGUGGGACUCCGCUAAGAAGGAUGAGAAUCGAAUGAAGAAUCGCUAUGGCAACAUCAUUGCAUAUGAUCACUCGCGCGUGCGACUGCAGAAUCUGGACGGCGAGCAGAACUCUGAUUACAUUAAUGCAAAUUAUGUUGAUGGCUAUCACAGGCCGAAUCACUACAUCGCUACACAAGGACCGAUGCAGGAAACCGUUGUCGACUUCUGGAGGAUGGUGUGGCAGGAGAACACGGCAACCAUCGUCAUGGUGACCAACCUGGUGGAAGUUGGCAGGGUGAAAUGUUGUAAGUACUGGCCAGACGACACCGAGAUCUACAGAGACAUAAAGGUGACGCUGAUCGAAACUCAACUUCUGUCAGAAUACGUCAUCAGAACGUUUGCGGUUGAGAAGGUGAGACGUGCGCAAGUGUUAAAGAAAAGCUCUUCAUUAGUCGUCGUCUGGUUGAUCUUUCAUUCUGCACGUUCAGAAGCUGAUUAUGAGUCGGCGCAGGUGUCUGAGUUCCUCUCUCUGUGUGAAUGUCCACAGCGAGGAGCCCACGAGAUUCGGGAGAUCAGCCAGUUUCAUUUCACCGGCUGGCCGGAUCACGGUGUUCCAUAUCACGCUACAGGACUGCUGGGGUUCGUGCGCCGGGUGAAAGCCAAAUCACCUUCGAACGCUGGGCCAAUCGUGGUUCACUGCAGCGCGGGCGCGGGGCGGACCGGCUGCUUCAUCGUGAUUGACAUCAUGUUGGACAUGGCCGAGCGAGAAGGUGUUGUUGACAUCUACAACUGUGUGAGAGAGCUGAGGUCGCGCCGGGUCAACAUGGUCCAGACAGAGGAGCAGUAUGUGUUUAUCCAUGAUGCCAUUUUGGAGGCGUGUCUCUGUGGUGACACCACCAUCCCGGCCAAUCAGCUUCGAUCUGUUUACUACGACAUGAACCGAUUGGACCCUCAGACCAACUCUAGUCCAAUCAAAGAGGAGUUCAGGACUUUAAACAUGGUAACCCCGACUCUACGUGUGGAGGACUGCAGCAUCGCUCUCCUGCCGCGGAAUCAUGAGAAGAAUCGCUGUAUGGAUGUUCUUCCUCCCGACCGCUGUCUGCCGUUCCUCAUCACUAUAGACGGGGAGAGCAGCAACUAUAUCAACGCCGCACUCAUGGAUAGCUACAAGCAGCCGUCUGCGUUCAUCGUUACCCAGCAUCCUCUGCCCAACACAGUGAAGGAUUUCUGGAGGCUGGUGUUGGACUAUCACUGCACGUCUAUCGUCAUGCUGAACGACGUCGACCCAGCUCAGUUGUGUCCGCAGUACUGGCCGGAGAACGGCGUUCAUCGUCACGGUCCACUGCAGGUGGAGUUUGUGUCCGCUGAUUUAGAAGAGGAUAUUAUCAGCAGGAUAUUCCGGAUCUACAACGCCGCACGGCCACAGGACGGGUAUCGGAUGGUGCAGCAGUUUCAGUUUUUAGGUUGGCCGAUGUACCGUGACACACCCGUGUCCAAACGCUCCUUCCUCAAACUCAUCCAUCAAGUGGACAAAUGGCAGGAAGAGUACGAUGGAGGAGAGGGACGUACGGUCGUACACUGUCUGAAUGGCGGUGGUCGCAGCGGGACGUUUUGUGCCAUCAGUAUCGUGAGUGAAAUGUUGCGUCAUCAGCGCUCUGUUGACGUGUUUAACGCCGUUAAAACUCUGCGGAACAACAAGCCGAACAUGGUGGAUCUACUGGAUCAGUACAAGUUCUGCUAUGAGGUGGCGCUGGAGUAUCUGAACUCGGGCUAACGGCGCCGGACGUCAGCGUGUGCGAUUGUGUGAUUGUGUACAGUCGGCUUGUAAAUCUUUAAGAAUAUAAAUUCAUUAUUUUGGGAUGCAUCAAGACUGUGAAGAGCAAAUUAAACUCCGCCCACUGUUCUUAGGGAAACGUGAUGAUGUCACUUCCCCUCAAACGCGGCUUCAAGUGCGUUCAAUGUGUCGACGUUGUUUGAGAGUGCUUUAUUGGCCGGUGUUGAUGUGGACGGCAUCACAUUGAAGAAUCUCUGUGUUAUUUUGACGUGUGUGUGUGUGUGUGUGUGUGUGUGUGACUUUAAUAUCAUAAACAUACGAUGAAACGAUGUAACGACCAUCCGUCAAACGAUCCAAAGCUGUCAGUCUUUCUUUCUUUGCCCGUCUCUCUUUCCAUUCGACGUUAUUGUUUGUACAUUUAUUUUUUAUUGGUUUGUUUAUACUGUAAAUAUUGGAUGUGCCGUGUGAUAUUUAUUCAGGACAAUCAUGUGACUCUGAGUUCACGGUUGCCCCAAACAUUAUUGAUCAAUAAUACUGUAUGCCUUGUUGUUUACACACACGUCACAUGGUAAACAACUUUGUAAUGGAACAAAACAACAAAUAAAGUACGAUUAAAGAGUUUUAUUUUUGGGUCUUUGCUCAUUACAAAAUAUUAUUUAUAUAUAUGUGUCAGUUUUUCUCACAUCAGUCACUUAUUAACAGUGAGACCGUAACCCUGUUCUGAGCCGGUCUGGAAGA